AUGCAGGCCAGAAUAGCAGCUAGUACCAGAACGGUGGAGGAAGACGGCAUGAUGGAAGUCCCUAGGGAUUUUCGACCCUUCUCGGAAGCCAUAGAAGCCGAGAUCAUCCCCAGGGACCAUCGGAUACCCCAGGUGGAACCUUUCGAUGGAACCCAGGAUCCCAGUCAGCAUCUGACGGACUUCCGAGCUCAAAUGUUGAUCUGUGGAGGGAGCAUGGAAGUCCGCUACAAACUGUUUAUGGGGACACUCAAAAAGGCGGCGCUCGAUUGGUUCAGUGGUCUCCCUGAUCGAUCCAUCACCGACUUCGAUGUUUUCAGUCGGCUCUUCAUGGCCCAAUUUGUCGCUAAUAAGAAGAAGCCGCCGAUCACGUCGGACUUGUUCGAUCUCAAGCAGCAGCGGGAGGAGUCGCUGAAAGAUUUUCUGCAAAGGUUCAAUGAAGUCGCCCUGAGGAUAGCAUCCUUGGAUGAGAGGAUGGCUGUCAUCACGUUCCAGAAGGGCUUAAGGUCUGGGGCCUUCGACAUCGCGCUGGAGAGAGCAAAUUGUCAAACGAUGUCGGAGGUGAGGGCUUUCACCCUGAGUCACAUCAAGACGGAGGAAGGACAAAUUAACAAGAGGGCUGUUGAGAGCCGAGAGGAGGUAGGGGGAAGUAACAAGGAGAGCAGCAAACAUCUUCGACCGUGUUCAGACUGGAAUAAGCGACGUGACCGCUAUAACGUGAAGGAUGGCAAUUACCGACAGGCUGAUCGGGGAGGUCAUCCAAGGGGCGAGUGGAUACGCACCAACGACGAGGAGAAGUUCACCCCACUCAAUGUCCCUAGGAGGCAGAUACUUCAUGAUGUCAACAGCGCAGCAUUGUUCGAAUUCCCAGCAGCGACGGAGCACCAAUUGGGUCCCUUCAAGACCGAUUGGUGUGAGUUUCACAGGACUCACGGGCACUCCACGGAAAAUUGCUUCGUCCUUAGAAGACAGAUUGAACGCUUGAUCAAGGAGGGACGCCUGAAAAAGUUCGUGGCAAGAAAACAGGAAGAAGGCUCGUCAGAUAGGCGACACAGGCGUACGCAGGACGACACAAGGAGCGAUAGGCAUAGAGAGAGAACUCCCCCCAAGGACACUCCAGCAAGUUCGUCAGAGAUCAAUCAACAAGCAGUUCAUGGGGAUUUCAAUACAGUGGCGGGAGGAUUUGCAGGAGGAGAAGCCACCUCGGCUGCUCGGAAAAGGUACACGCGCUCUGUCUUAUCGGUGUUGGAAAUCUGCCGACCACCACAACCCAUAAUUUCUUUCUCGAACGCCGACUAUGAAGGGGUAGCUCCUCACGAGGACGAUCCUAUCGUCAUUUCGACCAUAGUAAUGGGCUAUAAUGUGAAGCGUGUUCUGGUCGACCAGGGAAGUUCGGCCGACAUCUUCUUUUGGGAAGCUUUCGUGGGAAUGAAGAUCCCCAACGACCGACUGGUGCCUUACGCGGGAACCUUGAUAGGAUUCGUAGGGGAUCAGGUCAUAGCUAAGGGAUACACCGAUCUAGAAACAACCUUCGGUCAAGGCUCACAGAUGAAGACAGUGACUAUUCGGUACUUAGUGGUGAAUGCUCAGUCGUCCUACAACAUACUCAUCGGCAGACCUACGUUGAACAAACUGGGGGCCAUUGUGUCAACUGCGCAUCUGAAAGUGAAGUAUCUGUUGCCAAAUGGAGAGGUCGAAAUCCUCAAGGUGGACCAGGAGGUCGCCCGGAAGUGCUAUUCGGAUAGUUUGAAGGCGAGGAGACGUUUAUACACCACGCCUGCUAAAAGACACAUUCAUUCCAUCGAGCUGGACCCUAGAAUGGGACAGCUUGAUCACCGACCCGCCCUCACAGAAGAUGUCAAGGAAGUGGAGAUGAUGGAAGGGAGAAACGUAAAGAUAGACACCUCUUUAACCCCUGAGGACGAAGAGAAGUUAGUCAGGGUUCUAAAAAACGUGUCGGCAUUCGCGUGGCAUUCUAGCGACAUGCCUGGCAUUGAUCCAGACUUCUUGUGCCACAAACUGACUAUAGACCCUAACGCGAAGGCGGUGAUCCAGAAGAGAAGGAAGUUCAACGAGGAAAAAUGA